AUGAAUGAGGACGAGGCAAUCCAGAGCAUCAACAAGAAGAUUGAGCGGGAGAAGGCUCUGAUCAACGCCGCCAAUGCCAUGCGUUCGCAGACCAACAACGAGGCGGUGCGCUCUCGGCUCGACUCCCAGAUGCGCGAUGGCCGCCGAAACCUGCAGUUCUUCGAGGAGAAGCUGCGGGAUAUCCAGAUGCGGAGGGUCGGCCAGGGCGUCGAGGGCAUGUCUCUGGGCGGCGACGACGCCGGCGCUCCCCCUCCACCGCCCAAAGAUGCCUCGUCGUCAUGGGGAGACCAGGCGUCUUAUGGCCAGGCUGGGCCGCCCGAUAUGUCGCCCCCUCGACCCAACUUUGGCGCUCCGGGCCCUGGAGCUGCCUCCAAAGCUCGGCCCAACUUCACCAAGCUAGAUCUGAUCAAAUAUGAUACCCCCUACCUCGGCCCUCGAAUCCAGCACAUGCUCUCGCAGAUCCAGUUCAAGCUCAAUGUCGAAGAGCAAUAUCUUAAGGGGGUUGAGAAAAUGGUGCAGCUGUAUGGCAUGGAAGGCGACAGGAAGAGCAAGGCAGAUGCGGCUGCUCGUAGGGUUGAGAGCAAGCAGAAGAUCCUUCUCUUGAAGCAGGCAUUGAAGAGAUAUGAGGAACUGCACGUCGACAUGGACUCGUCUGAUGCUCAGGAUGACGACUCCAUCAACACGCCCAACCUUCGCAAGCCUUUGAGCGGUCAGCUCUCCAUUCGUGUUGUGGCCAUCAAAGACGUGGAUCACGCCACCACCGGCAGAUUUGCUCGGGGUCCAGAAACAUUUGUCGCCGUUAAAGUCGAGGACACUGUCAUGGCCCGAACUAGAACCUCGAGAAAUGACCGCUGGGAAGCCGAGUAUCACAACAUUGAAGUUGACAAGGCCAACGAGAUUGAGCUCACAAUCUACGACAAGCCCGGCGAGCACCCCAUGCCCAUUGCCAUGCUCUGGGUCCGGAUAUCCGACAUCGUCGAGGAGAUGCGCCGCAAGAGGAUCGAGGCCGAGAUGAACAGCUCCGGCUGGGUGUCUGCUGACAGAAUGGGCAGCUCUGGAGCUCCCUCGCAGUUCCCGAUGAGCCCAACCCAGGGAUCUUUCGGAGGUGGUGCCCCUCAGACGCCCGGUGGCCAGGGUCAGGGAGCACCAUUUGGCGAUCCGGGCCCUCAGCCUCAAGUUGUCACUGGCCCCAUCGAUGGCUGGUUCAACCUCGAGCCGGCUGGACAGAUCCAACUCGAAUUCAGUUUCGUCAAGGAAAACCGAGACAAGAGGCAGGUGGAUCUCGGUCUGGGCCGAAAGGGUGCUGUUCGACAGCGCAAGGAGGAAGUUCACGAAAUGUUCGGCCACAAGUUUGUCCAGCACCAGUUUUACAACAUCAUGCGCUGUGCCCUCUGUGGAGAUUUCCUCAAGUACUCUGCGGGUAUGCAGUGCGAAGAUUGCAAGUACACUUGUCACAACAAGUGCUACUCCAGCGUUGUUACCAAGUGUAUCAGUAAGAGUAACGCUGAGACUGAUCCUGACGAGGAAAAGAUCAACCACCGCAUUCCCCACAGGUUCCAACCCUUUUCCAACGUCACGGCCAACUGGUGCUGUCACUGCGGUUACAUACUGCCUUUUGGCAAAAAGAAUUGUCGAAAGUGUUCAGAAUGUGGCCUCACGUGUCACGCCCAAUGUGUCCACCUGGUUCCCGACUUCUGUGGCAUGUCCAUGGCCGUCGCCAACCAAAUCCUUGAGGGUAUAAGGGUUCAAAAGCAGAGGCAGCAAAAGACGACGUCGCUGUCGGAAAAGACGCUGCGAUCUGGCGCCAGCAAGAGCCCGACCACCACCGGCCACGGAUCAUCUGCGUCGUUCUCGAGCGCGGGUGCUGGCUCGUCUCCCGGAACUCCCUCCGCAGAGGCUACCGAGGCAGCACGGCUCAUGUAUGCGAACCAGACAUCGCCUCAGCGACCUGAUCACCCCGGCCGUGCGCCCUCUGACCUCUCUGCUGCCGCCGCGGCCACCGCAGCCAUGGCCGCCGCCCAGGGCCGCACCGGAUACGACACCGCACCGCAGGAUCCAUAUGCUCAAGGAGGAUAUGGCGGUGCAGCUCCUCAGCACCACAAGUACAACCCGGCGGACUAUGCCAAUGUGGAUCAGGGAUUCGGUGCCCAGCCGCCAGCUCAGCAACGACCUGCCCCUCCUCCUCAGCAGCAACAACAACAGCAACAGGCUCCUCCUCCUCAGUUGCCCCCUCAGCAGCCACCCCCCCAACAAGCGCUGCCGCCGCAACCCAGCCAGCCCCAGUACCAGCAACCUGCCGCCCCGAAGCCGCAGUCCCCCGUGUCUCCUCAGGGAGCUGCCACAGGGCCUGGAGGUGCCCAGCGCAAGGCUCUGCCGUCUGCCACCGAUCCUGGUACUGGCGCGCGUAUUGGUCUUGAUCACUUCAACUUCCUUGCCGUUCUUGGAAAGGGUAACUUUGGUAAGGUCAUGUUGGCAGAAACGAAGCGAUCGAGGCGACUUUUCGCCAUUAAGGUGCUUAAGAAGGAGUUUAUCAUUGAGAACGACGAAGUGGAGAGCAUCAAGUCGGAGAAGAGAGUGUUCCUCAUCGCCAACCGCGAGCGGCAUCCGUUCUUGACCAACCUGCAUGCCUGUUUCCAGACCGAAACCCGUGUCUACUUUGUGAUGGAGUAUAUUAGUGGUGGUGAUUUGAUGCUUCACAUUCAGCGUGGCCAAUUUGGUACAAAGCGAGCCCAGUUUUACGCUGCCGAAGUCUGCUUGGCCCUCAAGUACUUCCACGAGAACGGUGUCAUCUACCGUGACUUGAAGCUCGACAACAUCAUGUUGACGCUCGAUGGCCACAUCAAGAUUGCCGAUUACGGUCUUUGCAAGGAGGACAUGUGGUAUGGCUCAACGACGAGCACAUUCUGUGGAACUCCAGAAUUCAUGGCGCCUGAGAUUUUGUUGGACAAGAAGUAUGGCCGCGCGGUCGACUGGUGGGCCUUUGGAGUCUUGAUCUACCAGAUGCUUCUGCAGCAGUCUCCCUUCCGAGGUGAAGACGAAGACGAGAUUUACGACGCCAUUCUCGCUGAUGAGCCCCUCUACCCGAUUCACAUGCCUAGGGAUUCCGUGUCCAUUCUUCAGAAACUGCUCACCCGAGAACCCGACCAGCGACUCGGAAGCGGCCCUACCGACGCGCAGGAGAUCAUGAGCCAACCCUUCUUCCGCAACAUCAACUGGGACGACAUUUACCACAAGAGAGUCCAGCCGCCGUUCCUGCCCCAGAUCAAGAGCGCUACGGAUACGAGCAACUUUGACUCCGAGUUUACAAGCGUUACUCCUGUUCUCACCCCAGUCCAGUCUGUGCUUUCUCAAGCAAUGCAAGAAGAGUUCCGAGGAUUCAGCUACACGGCGGACUUGGAAUAG